AUGUUUAAUUCCAGAGCAUCAAGCCUAGGAGUAAGAAGGAUGAUGAGUUCUUUGAAAGUGUUCCAAAAUGAGACUCAGAAUGGUGAAGUAUACCUUGCUAAGCACAGCAACAGUUACUAUCAAAAUAAGAUGGCAAACUAUAAGGGGGAGACAUUUUCUAAGCAGGGAGAAUUACCCUCACUGCCAGUCCCAGAUUUGAAUUCUACAUUGAAUAAGUACUUGGCGUCUAUUGCUCCUUUCUGUGAGACUAAGGAAGAGUAUGAGCAUCAAAAAUAUCUAUGCUCUGACUUCCUUAACAACAAGGGCAUGGAGCUCCAUGGCCGGCUGCUGGAAUUUGCUCAAGGCAGAAGGAACUGGAUGGGGGAGUUCUGGGACAGACAGAUGUACUUGGAUUGGAACGAGCCCAUAGUUCCAUUUAGUUCUUAUUUUUUUGGUCACAAGGCGCUGCCUCUCUCUCAUGGGGAGAUUGAAAGUGAUUACCUUUUGAAGGCAACGGCGAUCAUUACUACGGUUAUUCGGUUCUUGGAACAUAUUAAGGCUGAAAAUUUGCCAGUUGAGAUGCGCAAGGGGGAGCCAUAUUGUAUGAACAGUUUCCAGUUGAUUUUCAAUUCUUCGCGUGUUCCAGGUGAGAAGGGUGACGGAAAUGUCUUCUACUCCAUCUAUGAAAAUAACUUCAUCACGGUUGCCUACCACGGAAACUUCUAUAAGGUUUUCACGCAUGACGAAUCUGGUCAGCCUUUAUCUGCGGGGGAAAUCUGGCAUCAGCUUUAUGCCAUUGUGAACCAGCUAUCCCAUCAUCUAAGAGAGAAUACUAACACAGGAGUAGGCGUAUUGACGACGCUUCCUCGAGACCAAUGGUAUCAAGUUUAUAAGCAGUUGGAAACAGACUAUGUCACACGCGACUCUUUAGAAACUAUCCAGAAGUCCGCGUUCCUGUUGGCUCUAGAUGUGGACAAAAAGCCGAUAACUUUGGAAGAGAAGGCAAGGAACUAUUGGCACGGGGAUGGGAUCAACAGAUACCACGAUAAGACAAUGCAAUUUUUUGUCUGCGGAAACGGUGCUAGCGGUUACCUCGCCGAGCAUUCGAAAUCAGAUGGUACUCCAAACUUGUUCCUAAACCACUAUUUGUGUACUGAGCUGCGCAAGCUCGAUCCUACUGAGUUUGUAGCUUCCGUAAGAGGGCAUGGCGCUUCCUCAUACACUCCUCAGCACCUGCCAUUUAUAUUGACGCCAGCUAUCCAGGACACAAUAAAGGCAGCAAAGGCCACUUUUGAUAAAACCGUUUAUGACCACGAGAUCCGCGUCUGGAACUAUAAUAGGUACGGAAAGAAGGCCAUUAAGUCGUUCGGUAUGUCUCCAAAUAGUUACCUCCAGCAGAUCAUCCAAUUGGCGAUCUACAAGUACAUCGGCAGACAACUUCCAACGUAUGAAGCAGCUUCAACGAGAAAGUACUUUAAGGGCAGAACCGAAACAGGCCGGUCUGUUAGCGUUAGUUCUGCAAAAUUUGUUAAAACUUGGCAAUCCCCACACACCUCAAUUGCUGAAAAAGUCCAGGCCUUGCGUGAAUCUUCAGAUGCUCACUCAAAAUAUAUGAAUAUGGCAUGUGAAGGUCAAGGGGUCGACCGUCACUUUUUCGGAAUGAAGAACAUGUUAAGGGAAGGCGAAGAACCACCUGCCCUAUUCAAAGAUCCGUUGUUUAAAUAUUCUUCCACAUGGUUAGUAUCAACUAGUCAAUUGUCGUCAGAAUAUUUCGAAGGCUACGGCUGGUCUCAAGUCUGGGACAACGGUUAUGGGCUUGCAUACAUGAUAAAUAACGACUUCCUCCAGAUUAAUAUAGCCACACGUCCAGGGAAAUCUGGGUAUAGUGCACACGAACUUCACUAUUACUUAACGGAAGCAGCCAAUGAGAUGUUUGAGCUGUUAAGUAAGAGCAGCAAAUCAAAAAUGUAA